GUGUGCGCUGCCAGCUCCAGAUUUGGAUCGUAAAACGGCGUCGUCGGAGGGUGAGAGGGUGAAGCGGGGCAUUCAGAAUCGCAACCACAUCGAACCAAAACAAACGUUUCGCCGUGCUGCUCGUGUAGACCCGUCUGUGCGGCCACAAAGUCCCGGAUGCGGCCACUUUCGGCAGGAUGCGCAAAACGUGGGUUAAGCGCGACAACAUAUACUAUAAACCGUUCUACAAGCAGAAGCUCAAGCUCACGCUGAUCGGUGUGCUCGGACUGGGUGUCCUGUUCUUCGUCUACCAGCUGGUCUACAUCAGUCAGUUUCUGCCAUCGUCGUCGUCGUUGUCGUUGUCGUCGUCGGGGUCAUCGGGGUCGGCCUUGCUGGCCGCCCAGAUGCGGCCCCCGCUCCACGCAAAUAGUAAUAAUCCCGUUGCUUCGGCAGAACUGGGAGCGGACGGCGGCAGCCCACCAUCAGCAACACCGUUGGCGGCGAACGGGGGGCUACACGGCAGUAGUAAUUCGGACACCGGGCAGCACCACUACGCCUACGUCGAACGGAUCGGGAACCACGAGCGUAUGAUCCUGCGUGGCAUCCGGCUGCGAGAUCUGGAUCACUACACGGAGCCUGCGUCCGUGUCCCGAGCUUCAUUCCGGUGUUUGCAGACCGGCCGUGAGCUGAGCUGGGACCGAGUGAACGACGAUUACUGUGACUGCCCGGAGGACGGCAGCGACGAACCGAGCACAAAUGCGUGCGUCGAGGGGCGAUUUUACUGUCGCUUCCAGAAGCGCCAUCGGACGGGCCGGGGGAGGGACCGAUCGAUACCAAGCGGCUGGGUUAACGAUGGUGUCUGUGAUUGCUGUGAUGGUUCCGACGAGUGGCUCCCGAUCGGUGGUAACCUAGUGCCACCCCGCCCUUGUCCGAACACCUGUAGCACUAAAUACUUUCUCUAAGCCGGGAGAAGCGCGGGAGAUUGGCUUCAGCCGUUUCCCUUACGCUUUUCUUUUUCUUUUCUUACGCGGCCUGAACCGCGCAUCUCGCCAUCACGUCUCGCAUCACAUUCCGCCAAUGCAAUCGCAAUGCAAGGGAUGCUGGAAACGAACAGCCGACCGAGGAUCACUUUGCUAGCAUGUUUCACAACCUCUAGGGUAGAUUGAAUAAAAUAAAAAUAUUUUUACUGUCGAUAAAUACACAGUUCACCUGGUGUCCGUUGCCGUCGUCGAGCCACUAAUCGCAGGAUACCUCUCCGGUGGGCUGCACGGGCUCAUCCUCUCUCAUCCUCUUUUUCUCUCUCUGCUUCGCUUCACAUAAAAGCGUACUAGAAAAAAGUGUAUGCAGUGCACAGAAAUAGUAGCAGCAACAGCACCCCAUUGAUAAGCGAUAAUUUUACGGUUCAUCUAUCGUCCAGCGGAAUUAUAGAUGUCCGGGGUAUUUUCGAUAAGUAACAGAGAAAGCCAACUUGCAUGAACCUCCCAAGGGCCCCGUUGAGAAUGCGAACGAAGCAACUGCUAAGAUACUUGGCUUGUUCUCUACCUUUACUCGCCACGCAGCAACUAAGCAAGCAACGUA